UUUUCGUGACAACUUGCUAAAGACUGAAGCCGCUGCUCCUUGUCUGCUUCUUUUUUUUUUUGUGUGUGUGUGUGUGUGUGUGUGUGCUUUAUUGCUUUUGCUUUGGUUGAGUCAGCUCUGCACUAGGCCUUGUUUUCCUGAAGCUCGCUAUCGAGCGACUGGAGAGGAAGUGGGAGCCAUCUCUAUUUCCCGCAGCGCGUUCUUUCCUGUCGGUCCUGUAGUCAAGUGAUCUACCUCGCGCGUUAUGGGCCAGUGGCGAGACCACGGGCUCGGAGCAGCCAGCCCCAAGCGCGCUCUUUGAUCGAGCGCGGUCUUGCCAUCUGCUUUGAUAACAGAUGUGUUCGCAGCGCUGUUUACCCCGUCCUGUUGCCCGGAAACUGCGGUGGUCUGCCAGUGCGGCGAUCAAUGCGCACCGAGCCAUUUAGCGCGCUUCGUCCGGCGCGCUCGCACUGAACGCCGGGAGCAGCAAUCAGGCCCGCUAUUGAAACUCGGUGAAUAGCUGUCUGAUUGGUGUGCUGGCCACGGCAUGGCUAAAUAUACGUCGCACGUUGUCUUAUGUACUGUCGCUCCCACGCAGCCCGCCUUGGGCGAAAGAAAGUCCGGAGCUCGUUGGCUGGGCUUACGAUUUUAAUGCCUCCCUGUAAACCGAUGUGUGGCGCCGGGAAAAAAGCCUACAAGCGCGGCUCAUCUCUACGCGCCUUGAUGCACGGUGGCAUUGACGUCCGAAACGCGCGAACUCCGCAUUUGCCAGCUCUCUCACUGCGAGGAGCCUUGUACCCUUCUCAAACCAUUGCGUAUUUACUCGCUAAAUGGGUACAACAACUCAGUCUUCGGGCUCUUGAUAAUAAUUAAUGUUGUUGCCGGUCAGUGUCGUCAGGAGACUGAGAUUGUUCUGUGAUUGGCAAUUAUAAGAAAACGAGGACACAUCAUCACAUGGUGGUGAUGUAGUGGUCUUCCAAUGGCAAUGAUGACGAUGCCCAUGAAGAGCAUCCCUUCCAAGGGUCUCGCCACCUCUCCUCUCGCCUGCGCCAUGGAGAGUUCGAGCAGCCGAAUGCAGCGCAACUUUGCCGAGAAGCAGCGGCGGGACAAGCUGAACAGCUACAUCAAUGAACUGGCCAACAUUGUGCCCAUGGUCUCCAUGGCUUCCAAACGGCUGGACAAGACUAGCAUUCUCCGGCUCAGUGCAGCGCACCUCCGCUUUUAUCAGACUGCACUUGCCUCUGAACGAGGAAAAGUUACCAAAACCAAGUGGAGACCUAAGUUUCUCAGCACUGAUCACCUAAAAGAUCUCCUCGAAGUUGUCGACGGCUUUGUACUAGUCACCUCAACAACGGGCAAGAUUAUAUACAUUUCCCCAUCAGUGGAACGCUUUCUGGGCCAUCAAAAUAUUGAAAUGAUUGGUCACUCCAUCUUCACGUUCCUGCACUCUGCGGAUGUGCAGACUGUGCACGACUGUUUUGAGUCAUUGGUCAGAGGACCCAUGCAGCGCCGGGGCGACUGGGUCAGCUCGGAACGAUGCUCUUUCUUUUGCCGCAUUCGUGAACGCAGCCAGCCUCGCUCCGAGGUGCUCACUUACCAGGUGAUCCAGGUGGUGGGCCACCUGACUGGGCCAGCCUCGGACAAGGCCGAUAGUCAGGGCUCUAAUUGCCUUUUCAAGACCUUCGUACGACUGGUCAACACCAAUCCGUACAAAGAGCUUUCCUUACGCGAGGCCUGCCAGGACGAGUAUGUCACGCGGCACAAACUCGACGGCACCAUCAUUUUUGCGGACCACAGGCUGUCUACUCUGACGGGUCACCUUCCCCACGAGGUGUUGGGAGUGUCAGCCCACAAGUACCUGCACCCAAGUGACAUGGCCAUCGCCAUGUUUGCACAGAAACAAAUGUUCGCCAGCAACUCAGGAAAAGGUGUUGUUGUCUAUCGUCUGAGGACUCGUGACGAUUCGUUCAUUUUCCUCCGCUCUUCGGGCUAUCUGCAAUAUGACCAAGGCACCAUGCAGAUGGACCACUUUGUGUGCAUCAACACGCUGAUGACGGAAGAGGAUGGACAGCGGGAGCUGCAGACCUUCUUUGAGCGUUUCUCACCGCACAUCACGGCCAUGUCUGUGCAAGAGCUGGGCGAGUUCUUCGCCUCGUACACGGCCCGUCGUACAGCCAAGCUGGCUGGCUUCACCGAGGGCAGUGCCACCCAAAAUCCCCUGUCCCUGUCUCGGCUGGUGGAGCCCAACUUAUACCUGGGCUCUGACUGUCUCGUCAAGAUCAAGCGGGAACCCCAUGACCUGCAGGGCGAUGCCCUUAUCCAUGGUCCAGAGGCGGCGCACAGUACCUGGCACAUGAGCCAAGAAUCGUCCUUUCAAGACUCAGUACGGCAAGACGACGACGACGACGACGAUGACUGCGAAGACACGUAGCGAUACAAGGAGAUACUGUCGUAAGGUAUAGACUCGCACCCAUGCGCCUGUGGACAUUUCGUGGGAACGCCGCAGGCCUGCACCGCCGGAGUGUGUGUGCCAGUGCUUGUGUACCGAACAUGGACAGAAGAAAACUGACGGCCAGUGCAAUACAGUGCAGUGUGCAGUCUGGUCUGUGGAAGGGACCAAAGCAACAAGGCUGCUUCUGCUACUCCUGUGGGUGGCGGCCCCAGACUCUGUCUCUCUCUUUUUCUCAAGGCCACCACCUGCGCUGUGCUCUGCCUCUUGUCGCCGCACUCCACAAGGGGUCUUGUGGUCGAGACAAGGACAUUGGGGGACACAGACAGUAGGUUGCAUUGUGAGAUCUUUUUUCUUCGUAGUUUUCUUUUUUUUUUUCCCUGGCCUUGUUUUCGUUUUUCUUUUCUUAGUGUUAAUCAUCCUGUACAUUUUUUUUUUUUUUUUUGCAAAUUUGUUGCUGCACAGGCAUCAAAAGAAUUGUUUUGUCCAAAGCAAUGUGUGCAACUCCCUGUUUUGCGGUGCAGAACAUUCUAGUCUUUCUCACAUGCUUCACCGUUGAUUUUUUUUUUCCUUUUUUUUAUGAUUAUUAUAUUUUUACACCACUACCCAUCAUCUCCAUCAGGAUGGCAGUGUUGAGUGCAGUCCUUAAAUGAAAGCCUUGAAGGAGCUAUUUUCAUAUUGUCUUGUUGGGAAGAUAACAUGAUAUAUAUAUAUAUACAUAUAUAUAUAUACACACACACACAUAAUAUACUACCAGUGCUCAAUGAUUCGCGUUGUAGUCUUUGAAUGUAGUUUUAGAAUUGGACAAAGCUCAAAUCAGCCUGUGGUUGCAUUUACCAAGGAUCUCUGGCUUUGGUGUAGAAAGUGUUUGGCAUUGCAUGACCAAUGAAUUAGCAAGAGGCAGCAGGCAAAGCACAAUUCAGUGAUAUGUCUGUACGGCUGAGCUUUCACCCAUCCCCAAACCCCAUUGCCUGGACGUGUGAACAUUCGGUGUUGAUGCCAGUUUGAACCGGGACUUAGUGCAAAUCAUCACAUCCCUCUCCCCCCCCCCCCCCCCCUCCAUAGCGCCUUUUUACCACCCUAUUCUUCACCCAGCUGUUCUGUUUUUGUGUACAAAAAGGGCAUGCAUGACAACAUAUUUAAUAUACAUGUCUAGUGCAAUCGGAGAGUGCUUGUAAAUGUGCUCGUGCAUCGUGAUCACCUUCGUUCCAGGCAAGCUGUGGUCGUCACUCUUUUUUUGUGUGUGUUUUUGGCGUCUUGGCGUUGUUGUCCAGUAGAGCUACUGGAAGUUUGUUUCUCCUUAGGCUUGUUAAUGUUUUUUGUUGGUUGGUUGAGGGCAGGUGUUAAAAGACAAAUAACCAUUGAUAUGCCUCACUCACAAGUUGUUUGAGGCUCUUACAGGGCCAGACAAGCUUCUCUAGAUUAUUCUAUAUUUUAGGGCUCAAGCACUGCCGGGCAUUGCUUAAAGGGCCUUGUGCGGCACAAUCGUUACUUGAGGAGCACUAGGAACUCUUCACUUUUGAAGGAAAGAGAGAAAAAAAAAAUGUGGCUAUUUUUUACUUGGGCUUUUUGAGGUGGGUUAGUUUGUAGCCAAGAUAUCAAAAGGCCAGAUUGCCACUACUUGCUGCUGAGCUGUUGUCGCUGAAUUGUUAUUGAGCACUCCUUCACAGAGAAAGCUAUGUGAAAGCGUUGAAAAACAGACAUGAGCUUUGUAGCUUGAUUGGAAGUCAUAGGUUGGUGGUAAUUUUUACCGUGGGAAGCGUACACGCAUCGGAAGGGUGCUACAUCACUGGAGCUUCUACAAAACACUGUUACCUUUUUGCGGCUUAUAAUUUUUAAACAUGUUGAUGUUUGGAAUUUUCUUAAAUGGAGUAUUCAUAUUGCACUUGUAACAUAUUUGUAUGUCCUUUUGAAGCAUGCCUGUGUGGUUGUAAGGCACAACUUGUUACCUGGCUCAAAUUUUCUUGUAAAGUCUAGUUGAAAGCAUGUGAAAUGUGUAUAAAAUGCCUUGUGAUAUAUGACAGCCAUUGUGUAGUUCAAAUGAAAAACAUAUGGAAUGUCAUGUUUAUUGUUUAUUUUCUGCUAAAUACAUGUAAUAUUGAAAGAUCUUUUGCAUGCCAAACCAUACCUAAAGGUUUUUUCUUUCUUUUUUUUCGUUUUUCUUUUUUUUUUUUAAGCAUGCAAACAGUACGAGUAUAUCUGAGGCACAUUGUGAAAUUGGCUGCCGUGAACGUAUGAAAUGUUAUGAUGUAGUGCUUAUUAAAUUUAACUGGUUGCAUGGUUCAAAAAGGAACAGGCUGUGAGACGCCCUCCAAGUCGCGUUAUGCCUCGCCAGGCUGCAGCUUACGACACUGACAGUUUAUAACAAACCUUUUCACGAGCUCCUGUAAAUCGUUACAAAGUGUUUUUUCGACUGGGACAAAAAUGAAAGGUGUGCCAUUUAUGAGAAAGCUAGAACUCUCGACCUUCUUUAUGUGCAUAGGAAGUGCAGAAGUGUUUUCAUUUGGCAAGCAAUGAAACAAUAUAAGUAAAAUUUGUUCCAUUGAAAAAAAAUUGAAUUUUAAAUUCCCAGGAACUAAAAAUUGGGGAAAAAAAAUAACGAAGUUUUACAACCCCAUAUUCACAAUAAAAACAGGCACUGCAAUUCUGUAAUCUGCGCCAAUUAGGAUGUGCAGAGUGGACAAAAUCUAUGUAUUAUUAUUUGCCCUGUGAUGUGAAUAACUUGUAUGAUUUUUUUUGCAACACAUACAUAAACCAAAUAACUGUUACAUGUAAUUUCCAACUUAGUACAUUGAAUUAAUCUGCUUUACACACUCUAAUGAAUACAGUUUACAGAAUUGCGUUCUUUGUUUAUUGAGAGUUGUAAACUUGACUGCACUAUUUUCACAAUGUUACUGAUUUAGAUCAAACUUCUUAGAAGCAUUGAGGACCUUGCAAUAGUAUGGAAACUUUGGUGAGUCGACAAAAGUUCAUAUUUGCUGCUUGUAAAAUUGAGGACCUACAUCGGAAUCUGCUCCCAACAGACACUAGAAUUAAACUUCUAAUGCAGCAAAGUUUGUUCAGAUUAGUUCAAUUUAACCCAGUAGGAGCAUUAAGUAGUGAGAGCAUUUCUGCAUCUUGCCGACAUUCAAUUGACAAAGUUGGAGUUAGCCCGAGCUAAAGCCCCCUCCCUCAUAAUUGUGUCACACACAAUUGUGCUAUUAUUGAUUCCACCAUUAAUGUCGCAACGUGUCUGGAGCAUGGGAUUGUGGAAUGUUGCUUUUUUCGUCCACAAUACUGUUGCAAUAACUGGAUUUGUACAUUGCCUUAAGGUUAGAAGUGGCACAAAUUACUGGGUGAAUUGUGGGACCAAAUUUUCUUGCCUCAUGGGCCCACAUUGUUUACUCACACAGAGGAACUUGCCCUUGUAUUUACACAUGGCAUUCUUGCUAGAGAUAUUUGGACAGCAUUGCUUCAUUGUUCAACUUUUAAUCCUACCAGACACAUUGUAUGUGUCUCGGAACGGAGAUGCAGAUUUAGAAGGUGCAUGGCAUUGGCUGUAGCUGUUGUGAGCUUGGUAUGCUUGCUCAGAAAUGGUCCAUGAAAAGUUAGUUAGUAUGCAUUCUUACCUGCAACAAGACUGUCAAACAGUUGCACUGUCCUCCUUUAGGGACAAUACCAAUUUUCCAUCCGUAUAGCCCGAAACAAGAUUUCAAGAAAUUAAUGUGCAAAAACAAGUGAAGUUAAAGUUUGGUGUUGGAUGUAGCUUUUCCACAUUUCCGUGAAGCCUUGUCAUGAAGCAGAUCUGAAAGCGAAUCAUGUAAUGUGUGCUGCUAAUUGCUGUAAAGCUGCACUACACUUCAGCAGAAAGCAGCAGUGAAAUUAGUAACGAUGGGAUGUACAAAAUGGAAGAGUGCUUCUAGAGCUGUGCUCUUUGCACGACAUUGGUGCCAGGUUGCUUUUGUUAAGACUUGAAAGUUGUAUGGGUUCGUUUCUGCAGGUUGUGUAUACUUUUUAGCAUGUGUCCACAUUAUACAGGGAAUUUUUUU